CAAACCAUACAGUUGUAUUUAUUGAACAUCACUUUCAUGAUCAUGACUCAUAUGACUGAUCAUCUCUCAAUGCUUGAAUAUUUGUGUGUGUGUGUGUGUGUCUCCAGAGAGAGAAAGGGGAGGGGGGCAAAAGAGUAUGUGAAAAAGCACAAGUCACACAAUAAAAAGAAAACCCUUUAAUGAGUUUCUCCUCAAAAAAGAAAAUUGAAGAUCGAUCAUCUCCCAUGUCUGAUGCAGACAAUUACAAGAUGGGAUCACAACAAGGGUUGCAGUUUUCCUUCUUAGCCGAUCACACCUCUUUCAUGUACAACCACCCGAAGCAGCAAAACCCUAGUGACACGAUGAGCUUCUUUUACAACACUCCAUCGCCAUCACCUGCUUUUGACCCUUCUUGCUCAUCAUCUGAACCACCUCUUUUUGCUGUCAACAAGAAUCUUGGAGAGAAUCCCAAUUCUUCGGAAGCCGCCGCUGUUGAAGAAGCUGAUUCUUGCCCAAAACACUGUAAAGCUGGAGAUUUGAAGCCUAAAAAAGUCAAGGAGAAAAAGGCAAGAGAAGCACGAUUUGCCUUUGUGACUAAAAGCGAGGUAGACAAUCUUGAAGAUGGAUAUAGAUGGCGAAAGUAUGGCCAGAAAGCUGUCAAGAAUAGCCCUUUUCCGAGGAGCUACUACAAGUGCACUAGCCAAAAGUGUAGUGUGAAGAAGCUUAUUGAGAGAUCAUAUGAAGAUUCGACAAUGGUGAUCACCACCUAUUUGGGGAGACACAACCACCACAGCCCCGCCACUUUACGCGGCAGAGCCGCCGUGCUGCCGCCUCCCCUUCAGCCGCAAUUCGGAUUCCAUAACUUCCCCGAAAACUACUUCACUUCUAUUCACCCUAAUUUUCCACAGCUCGAGAUUAAUCCCCAAUUUCUGGCUGAUCAAUUCAACAUGGAUUCAUCUUUUCUUCAACACCCAUAGAUCAAUGGUGGAUUCAUGUUCAUAUAUAAAAAUAUCAUUGUAUCAUCUCUCUCUCCCUCUCUAAUUAAACUUUACGAAUUUGUACUUGUAUCUAUUUUUGCCUAAUUAUAUGUGUUGGUGGAUUUUAGGCACUAUUUAAUAUUUAUUGAAGCAACUUAUUGGGGAGUU